AUGGUGUGUCAUUGGCGCGCUAAAGAGAUGUCCGCUAGUAUGGAAACCGAGCAAAAUGCCGAGCAAGACAGCGCUAAUAACGCGGAAAAAGGAGAGAAACUAUGCCGCUUCCCUUUGUCACGAGUCAAGAACAUCAUGAAGCUCGAUCCCGAUGUUGUGCUCGCUAGUCAAGAGGCUGUGUUCCUCGUCUCAAAAGCUACAGAAAUGUUUGUCGCCGCCUUGGCAAAAGAAGCUUACACAUAUACGCGACAAGCAAAAAAGAAAACUAUUCAGAAGAAGGACGUCGAUUCUUCCGUAGAAGCCGUCGAAGCAUUCGCCUUUUUGGAAGGGACUCUGGACUGAUGGACCGUCGCACUUCUGGCUGCAGAACAUUUUGUAAAUAAAUUACCAGUUUUUAACGCUAGAAAAACUUCGAGUAUGAUUUUUAAAUAUAUCUUACAGUAUUCUUACAAA